CUGGUAAUUAAUGUCUUUAGUUAAAAAAAAAACCGUUUAAGGCCCCACUGGCCGCUCCCUGUAGGAUUCUCCCAAGGCAAGAAGACGUACAGAUCGUUGUCCCUCUUGUGCCCGAAGGUCACUUUCUGAUCUUCUCUGUUGUGCCCCUGCCUUCAUCUUUCCGAAACUUCAAAAGUCUACCCGACACGGCAGAACUAUAUAUCUCCCACAUCCUUGUCAAACCCAAACUCUCUAACUCCGUUUUUCUUUAUUAUAGUAUAUAAAAAUAAAGAUGCUUGAAGAAAUUCUGGAAAUUAGUCCUGUGUUUGUGUUUUUGAUUUGAGCCUCUACUCUGGCAUCUUACCACACCCAAUAAAUUAAAAUGGCCCUGCCUUAUAGCCAUCACUAUAAACUUUCACUCUCUGCUUUCAAUUUAAGGAAACCCAAUUUUUUGCUUUUAAAACCCAUUUCUUGUUUACUGUGUAAUUCCAGUGUUUCAUCCUCACCAUUCACGGAGAAGCAUUCAUUACAGAGGUUCCAAAGGGACCAGUGGGCCUACAACAGCAACAAUCACCAGCUGCAAUCUCCUAAUAAUGAUGAAAAUGGUGUCUCUUGCUCCGUCCCGCCUGAUAGUAACUCCAUCAGGCUAAAUGACAUCGCUUUGCAGUUGCCAGAGCUCGCGAGGCUGCUCCAAGUUUUGAAACACAUGAGAGAGAGCUGUGGGGGCCCAAUACCCAAGAAUGGAUCGGGGAAUGUCUUCUUGGUGGGGACAGGACCUGGAGCUCCUGACCUCUUGACAUUAAAAGCUGUCAGAGUCAUACAAAAGGCGGAUCUUUUGUUGUACGAUAGGUUGGUUUCUGAUGCUUUACUAGACUUCGUUGGCCCUGAUGCUAGACUUCUAUACGUCGGCAAAACUGCCGGCUAUCAUAGCCGAACUCAGGAAGAGAUACAUGAGUUGCUUCUGAGUUUUGCUGAAGCUGGAGCUACUGUUGUUAGACUUAAAGGAGGGGAUCCACUGAUAUUUGGAAGGGGUGGAGAAGAAAUGGACUUUCUGCAACAGCAAGGGAUUCGGGUGAAGGUUAUCCCUCGUAUUACUGCUGCUUCAGGAAUAGCAGCGGAGCUGGGUAUUCCUUUGACCCAUAGAUGUGUAGCAAAUAGUGUUAGAUUUCUCACGGGUCACUCAAGAAAAGGGGGAACAGAUCCUCUUUUUGUCGCAGAGAAUGCUACUGACCUUGAUUCAACUUUAGUGGUUUAUAUGGGCUUAUCAACCCUCCCUUCUCUUGCACCAAAGUUGAUACAUCAUGGUCUACCAGCUGCUGCAGUUGAGCGAGGAACCACACCUCAACAGCGCAUGGUCUUUGCAGCACUGAAGGAUCUUGCUGAUAAAAUUAAAACGGCGGAGUUAGUAUCACCAACACUAUUCAUUAUUGGGAAUAUUGUUGCGCUUUCACCAUUUUGGCCGCAUUCUUUGAAAGAAGCAUCUUGUUUGGUUGAGGCCUAAAAAAGUAACUAGCACGAGGUUGGUUGAUCAGUUUAAUUUGGGUUCUCAAAGAGCAAUGGGGAGGUAGGUCAAUUCCUUGGUUGCUUUGAGGUGUAGGCGCAACAAGUUUUGGUAUGUGUUGCAUUUUUUUAAUAUCACAAGCAGCACCAAGUUUCAGCGUGAAUUUUGUUUGACAUAUCAGUUGAAUUGCUGUCAGGGAAUUCACAUAUUUCAUGUAAAAGAGCCCAUGGCUUCGCUGCCUCAACUCAACUAGAAAAUCUAGGUUUCCUCGACAUCUUUUUAAGUGUUUUUUUAAAAAAAUCGAAUUAUUACGAAUUUAAUUAUUAGGUCAAUGUCCUUUUUGGCCUUAUUGAACUUAAUUCAACUUCAAUUCAAUUUAGUUCAAAACUAAAUUCGGCUUUUGUUCAUAGUCAACUUUUAUUAAGCCGAGUUUGAAGUCUAAACUCUUCAGUCCUUAAUUGUUAAUUGCUGAUUUGGUUUUUCAAUUUUUGAUUAGACCUUGAACGCAAUAAGAGUUGGCUUAUCCAACUUAUUUUUAUUAUUUGCUUUCUCUUUUGUUAUUUUUUAUUUUAUUUUCUUUUAUUCUAUA